UUAAGAAAAUUUAAUUAAUAUUUUAAUAAACAAUUACAAUGAAAAAAUCAAGAUAUGAAAACUUAUGGGCUCUACCACCUGUAAAAUUAUCAGAAAAAAACACACAACAGUUUAUCACAGGUGGUUUUAAAAGAAAACUGAUGGACAAUGACAGUAAUUUACCAACAAUACAAAACAAACGACUAUGUGUUGUUGAAACAUCAACUUCAGUGGAAAUCAACCAACCUAGACCAAGAUGUACUCGUCCUCCAAAAAUUUACGGAUUAGAAAAAAAAAGUUUAGAUAGAAGUUUGCAUAAACAAAAUGACAGUCACCAAUAUGAUAAAGCAAAAAAUGGAUGGAAACCAACAGCAGGUUUGCAAAUAAAUAACAUAACUGCUGAUUAUGAAACACAAGCACUUUAUAAAAAAAUAAGUUGUAUAUUGAAUAAAGUAACAGCAGAAAACAUGGAUAAAUUGAUUCAACAAGUUAGAGACUUAAAUAUUAAUUUUCAUGAAAGAUUAGAAGGUUUUGUUGAUUUAAUUUUUGACAAAGCUGUUGAUGAACCAUAUUUCGCAGCAAUAUGUGCAAUGAUGUGUAAAAAAUUAGUAGACUUGCAAGUUGAUGUCGUUGAUAUGAGACAAGGAAAUAAAACAAAUUUUCGAUCUUUAUUAUUAACACGUUGUCAGCAUGAGUUUGAAAGUGCUUCUGUUAAUAAAAGUGAACGUAAUGCUAAACUCAAAGAAAUUGAUAAAUGUAAUGAUAUUGAAAAGAAAAGAAAACUAAUAGCAUUACUUAAUGAUGCUGAUCGUCACUCAUGCAGAAAAGCAGUUGGUAAUAUUAGAUUUAUUGGUGAAUUAUUUAAACAAGAUAUGAUUAGAAUUUCCAUUAUCGAUAGAUGUAUAAAAGAUUUAUUGGAAACACCAGUUGAUUACAAUAUUGAAUGUCUUUGUGAAUUGUUGACAACAAUUGGUGCUAAACUAGAAAAUUCAAAGAAUAGUAUAUUUAAUUACUAUUUUUUUAGAAUGUCUCUAUUAGCCAAUAAUAAAAAACUAAGCUCAAGAGUUAGAUAUAUGGUUCAAGAUGUUAUUGAUUUAAGAGCUCGAAGCUGGAAACCAAUACUACAAUCUAAUAAUAAUGUUAGUCAACAUACCCACAAAGCAGAAAAUGCAGGGAUACCAACACCACGUUUGCCAGUAAGUAACGAAACUAAUGAUUCUCCAAUACAAGCAUUUCAUGAAAAAGUACGUGAUAUAUUGAAUAAAUUAACACAAGCAAACAUUGAUGGAUCAACUCAACAAAUUAAAUUAUUGGGUAUUAAUACUCAUGAAAAAUUAAAAAGUGUUGUUGAUUUAGUUUUUGAAAAAGUUAUUAAUGAGCCAAACUUUGAAGCAGUAUGUGCAGCACUAUGUGUCUACAUGCGAAACAGAUUACGCGAUGAACAAAUUGUUGGUGAUGAUAUAAAACAAAAUAAUAAUAAAGAACAAGAAAAAGGUUUGAUAACAUUUCAAGAGUUAUUAUCAGCACGUUGUGAAAAUGAGUUUGAAAGUGCUACUAUUAAUGAAGUUGCACGUCGUAAUAAACUCAAAGAAAUUGAGAAAUCUAAUGACAUUGAAAAGAAAAAAGAGCUGACAGCAUUACUAAAUGAUGCUGACCAUUUUUCAUGUAUAAAAUCUGUUCGUUAUUAUAAAUUUAUCGGUGAAUUAUUUAACCGUGCUGUGCUCCAAAAAAAUUUUUUAAAAACAUGUGCAAAUUAUUUAUUAACAAUACCAGAUGAAAGAAAAAUAAAAUGUCUUUGUGAGUUAUUAGAAACAAUUGGUGCAACGCUGGAAAAUUUAAAGGAUAAUUAUUUCAAUUCGUGUUUUUCAGAAGUGACUUUAAUAGCUGGCAAUGAAAAACAAAGCUUAAAAGUUAGAUCUAUGCUUCAAGAUAUUAUUAAUUUAAAAGCACGAAACUGGUCACCAAAAAGAGUCGAAAGUAAUCCAAUAGACCAAGUUACUGGACCAUCAAAAAAAGAUGAUAAAAAUAUUGAAGGUGUACUUAAGAUGAAAGCAACUAACAAUGUCAAUGAACCAACAGAAUUACCAACAGAAAUAAAUAAACAACCAUAUCCUAUUGCAACAUCAACUUCAAUGGAAGCCAACCAGCAGACAUCAAUUGCAUUACCUAGAUCAAAUAAUACUGGUGCUACAACAAUAUACAUAUCACAUAACAAAACUUUCGAUAUGUACAGAGAUUUGCCUCAAAGUCCAGAGCCUGAGACACCAACAAGAGACCAAAGCAUGUCAAUGUCACUACCAUCAGAAGGACAAUCAAUUCAAUUACCGGGAUCAAGUUGUACUAAUGCUCCAAUAAAUUACAGAUCAGAUGACAAAACAUUGGACAUGUAUAGUGAUUCGCCACAAAGUCCAGAGCCUGAGACAACAAGUCAAUCAUCAACAUCACUCAUUUACGUUAUAUAUUCACAUCUCGAUGAACAAAUUAAGACUCUCAUCAAUGUAGCUAUCGAAGAAUUCAAGAAUAAAAUCGAUCAUUUAGAUUAUCCAGUAUUCAUACGUAGGUCACUUGAAGUGACUAUGUUAGAAUCAUCGAAUGUUCGUGAAAAAUAUUGGGGUUUUGUUGCUAAUAUGAUAACCGACAAUGUAUUUCCACUUGCAGUAUUCCAAUCAGAAUAUGAUAAAAUGUUUGAAGAAAUAAACGACGUUUCUCCUAUAUUCUGGACGUACAAAGCUGAAAUAUUGAGAAUAUUGGUGAUGUGUGGUGCACACCCAUUAAAAGAAUUGAAACGUACGACAUCAGUACUCAAAAAAAAGGGUCUUGUUGGUAAUCUGGUCGGUGAAUUACUUAAAAUAUUAGUAGCAAGUGAAGGGCAAAUAUCGAUUACUGACAAAUGGCAUAACAGCGGUAUUGAAUGGAAUGAUUUAUUUGAUACAUCACUCGAAGAUCCAGAUGAUAUUAUUAAAAAAUACAACUUACAAUUUUUAACAUUUCGUGUAACAGACCCACCAAACGAACACUUAUUAAAAUUAUUACGUGAUAGUGAUAUUGAUAAUACAUUGAAAUGGAUAGCAGUAAAUGUUGGUGAAGAAAUAUCAAGAACACCAAAAUUUGUCAGAAUACUUUUUACAUUAUUAUUAGAAUCAGGUAUUGAGACAAAAUACUCUUUUUAUAAGAGGAAUUUUUAUCAACCAAAUCGUUUUAAAAUUAUAAACCUCUUACCUCUUAUAAAAGAUUAUAUUGAUGGUAAUCUAGAAUCAGAAUUACAAUGUUUAUAUGCAUUGACCGAUGUUAAUCACAGAUGCAAAAAUCCCCCAGGUUUUGCGUAUGAUAUAAUUAAAGAACUACAUGAAAAGGACAUCAUAUCACUCGGUGCCUUUUAUGUAUGGCAUAAUGGAACUGCUGCUACAUCUGAGUUAAUAGGUCAUGAUGAAGCUAAAUGGAAUCUACUGAGUCAAUCAUUCUGGAUUAAGUACCAAAAUAGUCAUUAUUAAAAAGUGCAGAGUUUUUGAUACAGCCAGGCAUCAGUAAAAAAUUUCUAAAAUAAUAAAUAAUAAAUACUGCCAGUAUUUAUCAAAUA